CUCCCCGGUAGCGCGCCGAGCGGGCGGGCUCUCCUCACACGAGCGCUUCCUCGCCGAGAGGCUGGAGCUGCGGCAGCGCAGGCCUGGGCCGCCGUGUCUCCGCCGCUCGCUUCAGUUUUCCUCAGGGCUCUGGGGGCCGCUCGUCCGCCGACGCGCCUCAGGAAUUUAACAAGAAACUGAAGUUUUGAUUCAAAUACUUUUUGAAUUGAAGCCAGAAAUGUACUAAGAUUUUGAUUCUUUCAUUUGAUUAAGGUAUGGUCUGAAUAUGCGUUGUUUGGCAGCUCGGGUCAACUAUAAGACUUUGAUUAUCAUCUGUGCGCUAUUCACUUUGGUCACAGUACUUUUGUGGAAUAAGUGUUCCAGCGACAAAGCAAUCCAGUUUCCUCGGCACUUGAGUAGUGGAUUCAGAGUGGAUGGAUUAGAAAAAAGAUCAGCAGCAUCUGAAAGUAACCACUAUGCCAACCACAUAGCCAAACAGCAGUCAGAAGAGGCAUUUCCUCAGGAACAACAGAAGGCACCCCCUGUUGUUGGGGGCUUCAAUAACAAUGGGGGAAGCAAGGUGUUAGGGCUCAAAUAUGAAGAGAUUGACUGUCUCAUAAACGAUGAACACACAAUUAAAGGGAGACGAGAGGGGAAUGAAGUUUUUCUUCCAUUCACUUGGGUAGAGAAAUACUUUGAUGUUUAUGGAAAGGUGGUCCAGUAUGAUGGCUAUGAUCGAUUUGAAUUCUCUCAUAGCUAUUCCAAAGUCUAUGCACAGAGGUCACCUUAUCACCCUGACGGUGUGUUCAUGUCCUUUGAAGGCUACAAUGUGGAAGUCCGAGACAGAGUCAAAUGUAUAAGUGGAGUUGAAGGUGUGCCAUUAUCUACACAGUGGGGGCCUCAAGGCUAUUUCUACCCAAUCCAGAUUGCACAGUAUGGGCUAAGUCAUUACAGCAAGAAUCUAACUGAGAAACCCCCUCACAUAGAAGUAUAUGAGACAGCAGAAGACAGGGACAGAAACAUCAGACCUAAUGAAUGGACUGUGCCCAAGGGCUGCUUCAUGGCCAGUGUGGCUGACAAGUCUAGAUCCACCAAUGUUAAACAGUUUAUUGCUCCAGAAUCCAGUGAAGGUGUGUCUUUGCAGCUGGGAAACACAAAAGACUUCAUUAUUUCAUUUGACCUCAAGCUCUUAACAAAUGGGAGUGUGUCUGUGGUUCUGGAGACCACAGAAAAGAAUCAGCUCUUCACUGUGCACUAUGUCUCAAAUACCCAGCUAAUUGCUUUCAAAGACAGGGACAUAUACUACGGCAUUGGGCCCAGAACAUCGUGGAGUACAGUUACCAGAGACCUGGUCACUGACCUCAGGAAAGGAGUGGGCCUUUCUAACACAAAAGCUGUCAAGCCAACCAAAAUCAUGCCCAAAAAGGUGGUUCGGUUGAUUGCAAAGGGGAAGGGAUUCCUGGACAACGUUACCAUCUCAACCACAGCCCACAUGGCUGCAUUCUUUGCUGCAAGUGACUGGCUAGUGAGGAACCAGGAUGAGAAAGGUGGCUGGCCAAUUAUGGUGACCCGGAAGUUAGGGGAAGGGUUUAAAUCAUUAGAGCCAGGAUGGUACUCUGCCAUGGCACAAGGGCAAGCCAUCUCUACCUUAGUCAGGGCCUAUCUUCUAACGAAAGACUAUGUAUUCCUCAAUUCAGCUUUAAGGGCAACAGCCCCAUACAAGUUUCUGUCGGAGCAGCAUGGAGUUAAAGCUGUGUUCAUGAAUAAACAUGACUGGUAUGAAGAAUAUCCAACCACACCUAGCUCUUUUGUUUUAAAUGGCUUUAUGUAUUCUUUAAUUGGGCUGUAUGACCUAAAAGAAACAGCAGGGGAGACGCUUGGGAAAGAAGCGAGGUCCUUGUAUGAGCGCGGCAUGGAAUCUCUUAAAGCCAUGCUGCCCUUGUAUGAUACUGGCUCCGGGACCAUCUAUGACCUCCGCCACUUCAUGCUUGGCAUUGCUCCCAACCUGGCCCGCUGGGACUAUCACACCACCCACAUUAACCAGCUGCAGCUGCUCAGCACCAUCGACGAGUCCCCAAUCUUCAAAGAGUUUGUCAAGAGGUGGAAAAGCUACCUUAAAGGCAGUAGGGCAAAGCACAACUAGAGCUCGAAACCAAAAGUGCAUUCCAGCCUCUUCUGUGUCAGCAGCAGAACUCAGCAGCACGUCGCACACUUUAAAUGCUGUGUUCUGGGUUUGUGAGUCACCGCACUGUAAGAAGAGACCCUUAAAGUUAGUCUUCUGAAACAGUUGCAUUCCACGGGUCAGGUGCUUAGAAAGGUAGCGAGGAGAGUGCACCGAACAAAGACCUCGGCCCUCUCAUCAUGUAGGCCUCCAUGCAGAGUCACUCUCAGUCUGAGGAAGAUACUGGUAAGUCACUGCUGCUAGCCUGCUGCCAGCACUUACCUAAACUUAGUAUGGAGUGCUUUUAAAAUGUGAUUAUUUAUAUUUAUACUGAAAGCAGGCUUUUAGAAAUCAGUGUGCUGUACUACAGUAAAUGUGUGAGUAUAGCCUGGAUCGUGGACUGUUUUUUAAAAGUGUUUCUUUCCCGUAGAUUCAUUUCUUGAGAGGGAGUGAGCAUUUAUUGCAUUUGUUGAAUUAUAUAUGGAAAAUAUUUUGAAUUAUGGUUUUCUUGAACUCUGUAUAUCUAAACACAGCCUGUGUUCAGGUUUCACAGUCACAUACAUAAGCACAACUAAAAUGAAACUUGUUGACUGCACAAGAAGUUACAGACAUGCUGUGUUUUAUGAAACUUGGUCUACAAUCAGUAAAAGUUUGAUAAUCGUCUUCCCCACCUCUGCUCUAGUGCAGUGUGUCUGUGUCACUAGAAGGCUGCAUUUCAUUUCAUACUAUCCUUUAGUAGUCCUGUCCAAUGAGAGGACAUUACCCAGAAUAUUAACUAUAAGCCUAAACUUGUGACAGACUUGAUGCUUUGAAACUGACCAUUGGUACCUCCUCCUUAAAAGAGAAGUGUCAUAUUCAGGAGUCACAGUAAAGUCUCUCCUGCCUGGGUUGCCACCAUUGCUUUUCACAUCAUCGUUUCUGUCCUCACUGUUUCUCUGAAGCUUAAUUUUGAAUGAUUCCAGCAUUGAAACAGAAGAGAUGCUACUGUGUCUGCUGUCUGUGUGCCAUCAGAUCUGUAAGUGAGUUUCAGAGUCCUCAUGCCAUGGACAGUGCUGUAAGGCUUCGGGCAUUAGGUAAAAGCAACAGUGAUUGGUUUGCUCUGGUUUUUGUUUAGGGUGUGAUAAUAUGAAGACAGUUGGGUAACAAUAGCCUCACCCUUUCUAGGGACAAACAGUGGAGCUUAUCCAUGCUGUUGGUCAGAUGCAUGUUUAAGACGAGGUGGGUGAUCUGCCCACACACUGUACUUCUGCUGAAAAAUACACACACACACACACACACACACACACACACACAGAGAGAGAGAGAGAGAGAGAGAGAGAGA